CAUCUGAACGUCAGACUUUUUCAUCGGUUUUCUGAUCAUUCUGAUGCGAUAAUGUCAUUCGUUUCAUUUCUCGUUCGCAUUCUCAUCCAUUGCUAACUAUUUCGACUCAGAUGAAAAUUAUUUCUUGUUGUCUGAUGCAGAUAUAUAAAGCUGAAAGAUGUCUUUCGACAGUGAUGAACUGGAUAUCCAACAAGAACUUAGAAAUAUAGAAAAUGUUAUCAACUUGACAAGGGCUAAUAUCGACUCUCUAAAUGCAAAAUUUGCCGACUUUCAGCAUCCUCCUGCAAUGUAUGUGCAGGAGUAUGAAGAUCUUACAUGUAAACUGCACGAACUGGAAGCUGAAGAACGGAAAUUGAUGGAACAGCUUAGUAAUGGAAGGGAAAGUCCUGAAGAUAUCAGUGAACAUAAUCCAGCACCGAGUAUUGUUAAACCUCAGGAAGACAUAAUCAUAAGGCCUAAGUUCUUUCUAAGAGCUCAUUUACCUAAUGGAAGAACCAGUGUUCAGAUUCGGGAGGGUUUAACACUUCGAGAUGCUUUAGCUAGAGCUAUGAAAUUACGAAACCUGCAUUGUGAAAUGUGUUGUGUGUAUGUUGGAGACCCCAGUAGGCCUAUCAAUUGGGAUGUUGAUAUAAGUACUCUGAACUGCAAAGAAGUUACUGUUAAAAUAAUUGAUAAAUUUCCAAUCCGUACUAGUAUUUCCCAUAAUUUUGCUAGGAAAACUUUUUUCUCUUUAGUGUUUUGUGAGUGCUGUAGAAGACUUUUGUUCCAAGGAUUUUAUUGUAGGACUUGUGGUUAUAAGUUCCAUCAGAGAUGUGCUGCAGGAGUACCUUCACUAUGUCACCAGGUACGAGUAGCUGAUGAUUACUACAGGGCACUCCUGGCAUUAUCUGCUCAUACCGAUACUAGUGCAGGCAUUCUGAAUCCAGGACAAGCAGCUCUGGGGUUAACUGAACCAAGACAUUCUCCUAGGCAAGGUACUCUGGGACAUCAAGAUAGAUCAAAUUCGGCACCCAAUGUUUGCUUGAAUAAUGUCAAGAUUCCCGGUGCUGAAGACUGUGCCAGGAAUUUACAGUUGAAUCAGUUAGGCAAUGGGGAUUCUAUGUUGCACUGCCGAAGUACUCAAGCUUCACCAACGGGUUCUUUGCAACCAAGAAGGCCUCGAGCAAAAUCCGCUGAUGAGAGCAAACCUCUAUUAGCACCUAGGGAGAGUAUUGAAGAUUGGGAGAUACCCGCUGAUGAAAUCUUGGUAGGGGCACGCGUAGGAUCUGGAAGUUUUGGAACUGUUUACAAGGCGCAUUGGCAUGGGCCUGUUGCUGUCAAAACAUUGAACGUCAAAAUACCUACCCUCGCGCAAUUGCAAGCAUUCAAAAACGAAGUUGCUGUACUAAGAAAGACAAGGCACGUCAACAUCCUUCUUUUCAUGGGUUGCGUUAGUAAACCUCAAUUGGCGAUCGUCACCCAAUGGUGCGAAAGUUCGAGCCUUUAUAAGCACCUUCAUGUACUCGAAACGAAAUUUCCUCUCUUUACAUUGAUAGAAAUCGGCAGACAAACAGCUCAAGGAAUGGAUUAUCUACACGCAAAAAAUAUUAUACAUCGCGAUCUAAAAUCGAACAAUAUAUUUCUGCAUGAAGAUCUCACAGUCAAAAUUGGGGAUUUCGGUCUAGCCACAGCGAAAACUAGAUGGGCUGGAUCUCAGCAAUUCCAUCAGCCCACUGGUUCGAUAUUGUGGAUGGCUCCAGAAGUCAUUAGAAUGCAAGAGGAUAAUCCGUACAGUUUCCAAUCGGACGUUUACGCUUUUGGUAUUGUUAUGUUUGAAAUGUUAGCUUUGCAGUUACCUUAUUCACAUAUAAAUAACAAAGAUCAAAUAUUAUUCAUGGUAGGUAGGGGAUAUUUAAAACCGGAUCUAACCAAACUACGGAGUGAUACGCCAACAGCUCUAAGACGGUUAUUACAAGACUGUAUCAAGUUCGAUAGAGAUGACAGGCCACUUUUCAGACAAAUACACGCCUCUUUAGAAGGAUUGUUGAGAAAUCACCCCAAAAUAAAUAGAUCUGCCUCUGAGCCUAACAUGAAUCGAACGCAGUUACAGUCAGACGAUUUCAUUUUUCCAUGUGCAAGCCCGAAAACUCCAGUCAAUUUUGGACCAGGAAGUAACUUUUUGUUUUACAACGUGACCGCAGGUAAUAUUGUAGUAAAAUUGAAAUCUUCAUCGGAGACAAACAAAAAUUUGAAAAAAUCGGAAUCCAAACUAUUUGUUGUUUCGUUAUCGCUAGUUCUAUUUAUAUUAUUAUUAUUAGUUAUGGCACCAUACAAGGGAAUCCGAACCUACGUGAAUUCUCGGAAGAAACCAUUAUCAGAGUCAGGACGAGCUUUGAAUACACUGCUAGCUGUAAAUUUGAAAAAAAGAUUAGAAACAUCCAACAAUACGUCCGGACCUUCUAAGGAACAAUCAUUAGAAACCACAUUCGAUCGAUUAUUGAAAGGCAAAAUUUAUAACAAUGUACAAUUCAAGAACUUUCCUAAGAAUGAUCCUGCCAGUAUCGAAAAGUCAACUAGUUCAAUAUUCAGUAUAAGCACCAACACCUUCCAUGAAGAUCAAAAUAAGGAUAUUGUUGACCAGUCAUCUAAUUCAAAGCGUUCUCUACAAUUGGUUUUAGAAAGAAGUUCUCUUCAUAUACAUAAUUCAGAAAACCGAACAAAUGGACAUCGAGCAACUGAUGAGGAAUCGGUUAUGGAGGACGUUACUAACAUAGAUUCUAGGAGAAAUGAAAUGGCACAUGACAGUUUCUCCAAAGACAAUAAAAAUAUGCAUCCUCUUACUGAUAAAAGAAGACAAAGGUAUCAUCGUUUCAAAAGUAAAUUACUACUGAUGAAUAGCUUAGAGUUAGAAAGAAAUGAAGACAAUAGUUUCUACAAUAAUUUUGAACACUCGGUGAAAGGGGUAUCUACACCUCAAAAAUAUUAUCUCAGGAAACGUAGAAGACCUAUAUCGCUUAAUCAAAGUAAGAAUAAUAUGGAAUCCCAAGAAACAGGGCAUAUAAAUUUGUCAGCUAUGGAAAGAAUUAAUUCCUCUGUGUUCAGUAAUGAGCAGGUAUCUCUGUCAAUAAGUCAUUUUUAUUCUCAAAUAAAUAAUGAAAGCUCAAAUAGUACUAGAAAUGUAAGACGGAAAAGCUUACACAAAGAUGAACUGUGCCUUGGAGAUCAAGAUGAGAUUAUUGACAUUGAAGAUUCUAUAAAUCCAACAAGUAGUACUCCACUUAAUCUAAACGUUUCAAUACCUGAAGAUUCAACAAGUCUAUUAACAAAAUCAUAUGGAAUUAUUAAUGAUUGGAGUAACAGAUGUCCAAGCCCAAAUAUCUUUUCCAGCAAUCAACAAAGUAAAGUCAAUCAUAAGAAAAAAUCAAUUGUAAAUAAGUACAAAUUCAAAAGAAGAAAAGACAGCAAACUCUUCCAAAAAACUCAGGUGAUAUUGAAACAUAUGCCCCAUUUAGAUAAUAUUUUAAAAAAUGCUUGUGAAAAUUCAACGCCUCUUGAAGUUGACUUUUUGAAUGUGAAAAAUGUAUCCAACAAUUAUAUAACUAGACGUAGAGUGAUUCCUAAAAGGAAAAAAUCUCACCCAGCUGAAAAUUGUCCAAUAGAUUUAGACCAACUGGAGUUGAGUAAGUUGAGAACAUCCUUUGUUAGGCUUGAAUCGAUAGGAGAUUUAACAAAAAGACUGACCUCUAAUAGGAAUAGUUCAGAGUCAAAUUCAAUUGACAGAAAAACAUUUGCUGAACUGAAAAAAACAGGGAAAACCAAAGAAGACAUUCCUUCCGUCAAAAUAGGCGAGAAUACUGGAAGAAAUAGUGGAAAUCAUGAGAGCUUUAUAGAUGAGCAUUUCAGGAAUAUACCAAAGGUUUUGUUAGAAAGACAUGUCUUCCCAGAAAACAUUUGCACUAGAAAAUCCUAUACCUCUGAUAUCAGUUUGGAUUUGUGUAAUUUAUCAACACCUUUAAAUUCCCCCAAUAAAUUUAGGGGGUUCGAUGCUAGCAUGAGCACGUGUGAAGACUCCCAGAUGAAAAUGAGAGAAAAUAUUAUUAGAAAAAGCCAAGACCAUAAGCUGGAAGCUCGGAAAACUUCGCCAUUAACUAAGAAUAACUUCCAAAUUAAAGACUGCUUUGUUAUAUUGGAACGAAUGAACUUUGACUCAAUAUUGGGUAGAAGAAAAAUCCAGUCAGAACUAGAAGAUAAUAAAUCCAAGAAAAAAUCGAGUGACUGCUGGGUUGUUCUCAAUGACAGUAAAAAUAUAUCUAGGGGAAGCAAUACUGAAGAAAAUGAAGUUUUAGAAGAAUUCAACUGGAUAAAACCUCAAAUAAAAGAUUUCGUGAGACUAGAAGCAGGAAAAAAAUUCAGACGCUCCAUUGCCAUAUUGAAAAAAAAUAUGGAGGAAAAAUUGAACAUUUCAGGAAGAAUAGAUCCAGCAAGCCGAAUGACUGUUGGGAGGAGAAAUUCAGUGAAGUUAAUUCCAGUUUCACCCACGAAAAAUCAGUUGACUGAGCUAGCAAGUUUUGCUUUCAAUAAUUCUGGUUAUGCAUCUUUACGACAAUCAGGCAGACGGUCGUCUUUGGAAGAAGUCGAAAGCUACCUUAGUUGCCAAAAAUUUACUGAUCAAUUAACUGCCAGGGAUAUUGUUCUAAAAAGAUGUGGACAAACACAACCAUUAAACUUCGAAACAUGUUAUCCAACAAGUGCCCUUCAACACUGCCAGAAGAUUGGAGAGGGAGUGUUUGGAGAGGUAUUCAUGAUACGAGACAAGGAUGGCUCCACAACUGUGAUGAAAGUCAUACCGAUAGAAGGCGAACAAAUCGUUAAUCUUGAAAAACAGAAGACAUUUGGAGAAAUUUUAUCCGAGAUAAUCAUUUCUAUGGAACUGAGCAAUUUGAGGAUGAGCAAGCGAAACAACACUGACGCCUUUGUUAAAGUCAAGAAUAUAAAUUGUGUAGAAGGAUGCUAUCCAGACAGACUCUUGGAACUUUGGGAGCUGUAUGAUGAGAACAAACAAUCUGAAAAUGAUUCGCCUGAGAUGUUUCAUUCUAACCAACUUUAUAUUGUCCUUGAACUGGCAAAUGCUGGACAAGACUUGGAAUCUUUCCAGUUUACAAAUGCUCAACAGUCAUUGGCUGUCUUUGAACAGAUUACUUGUGCUUUAGCUGUAGCAGAAAGUCAACUACAAUUUGAACAUAGGGAUCUCCAUUGGGGCAAUGUGCUGAUACUGCCUACUGAAAGCAAAAACACCACCUUUGUUUUAGAUGGUAAGGAGAUCAUUGUAAAUAAUAGAGGCGUUAAAGCUACUAUUAUCGACUUCACCCUCUCACGUAUCAAGCAUGAGGAUGUGAUCAUAUUCAAUGAUCUUUCCAUGGAUCAGGAUCUCUUCACAGCUAAAGGAGAUUAUCAGUUUGACAUCUACAGAAAGAUGCAAGAAAACAAUGGGAACAGAUGGCAACCUUUCAAACCAUAUAGCAAUAUUUUAUGGUUACAUUACAUCUUGGGCAAGGCAAUCAGUGGUUUUCGUUACAGAAAUGUAAAAUCCAAACAGCAUAAGUCGUCAAUGGCAAUUUUGAAGGCUUAUGAGGAUCAAAUAUUGGAUCAUCAUAGUACUGUCGAUUUUAUAGAGAAGAACUUCACUAACCAGAUUUUGAUUCAUUGAUUGUUGUAACUGUUGGAAACAUUGAAAAUGUGCCUGUAUGUAUUUAUAUAUUUGAUAUUAAAUGAAAAUAUUUUUCUUUAAA